GUCGUCGGACGACAUAAAUUAAGGCAUAAAUGGGAGGAUUUACCAGUGGAAUUAUCGUUCUCUAGGAAGCAAAAUCAAAGCAACCUGACACAAGAAGACGUAACAGUCAAUGAGAAUACAGCUCCAUCCGAAGUUGUUAAUGCUGACGUUAAUGGAUCCUCUGAGCCUCAGAUAUCACAGAAAUUUCCAGAAUCGCAUUCCAGCGACGAACGGGAAAGUUAUUUCCCUCAAGCUUUUUCGAGGCCAUGUAUUUUUGUGAAACCGGGAUUCGCUGGGUUUGAGAUUCCUCUUAUUAUCCCACGACCCGGCUUCAGUGAGUUGCUCGAAUUUCACUAUCUCCGGUUAGCGCGGAUCCGUUAUCAAGUGGAAUAUUAUUUUGGUGAUAAAAACAUUAUCCGCGAUCGCUACUUGCAAGAACAGAUGACCGUCGAUCGCUAUGUUCCUAUAAGCGUCAUAUUAGAAUUUCCUCGGAUGAAACAGCUUUGUGCCUCAGCUGAUCUGGUUGUUCAGGCGUGCUGCAACAGCUCCGUCGUGGAGCUAGAUGUUACCGGAGGUUUGAUUAGACGUCGCAAUCCCUUCUUACUGCGUAAUUCAGUCUUCGGAGAAAGUAAGUGCAAAGCUUCAUUGUACUCUAUUAAUUUAGCAGUUUCCGUGUCCAGUCCCACACCCAUGUGCGUGUCCAACGUCCCAGUGCAUCCCCCGUAUUGUCAAGCUGUCCCCGUUUGUUCAUCGUCACGUACCUCCGCACCAUUGUCGGUCAGCGUAUCAUCCGAUGCUAAUCACUCAGUGUCCUGUGUAGACAGUGUUUUGGGCGGUUUGGUGACCAGUACUGUUGUGUCAAGCAGUGCGACGAAAACGAGGAAGUCUAACGACGCAGCUUGGCGUAAAGUGGAGAAAAAACAACGUGGAGCUAGGACAAGGAAUACAAUACCAUCACCACAAUCAACCUUGGGCUCGCGUUCCGUAAGUUCUGUGGUUCACUCAGUCCCUUGA